AUGAUGAGGGGAGACAACGUGUCGGCGGUAUCAUGGGUAAACAGAUGCGGGGGCUCGAGCGAUAGGCGAGCGGGACUGCUCAUGAGACUGCUUGGUCGUAUGGAGAUUGAAACGGAUGGUGUCACGUGGCGAAACACAUCCCGGGACGCGAGAAUACCCUCGCGGACGGGAUAUCUAGAUGGAAGUCAGAGGACGUAAAAGCCAACGUGGAAAGACUCACGCACGACGAUAACUGGCGAAUGCAAGACAUGGGAGAUAACGGAAGAGAACUAUUUGAAAUUAUACUGCAGGAGAAACUCCCGAACCGAAGAAUGGAUGGCCUCGUGUUGAGCCGCAAGGCAAGCGUGUAAAGAGAAGAAUGAGAGAAGGAUCAGCAAAAGAACUAAGAAAAGGUGGAUGACUCUAACGUGUUCAAGCGCAGGAAGCGAACACGGGACGAAGGGAACGAGCGAUGAAGGCGAAAGGCUCCUCAGGGUUAUGGAGCACGGCUCCCUCAACGCGAGCACGCUGAAGGGAUACCACAGCAAGUGGGACACGUGGACAGCUGAAAGAGCUAAAGCGAAUCUGAGUCCAUGGUUGUACGAAGAAGACGGUGUGGAUAGCGCAGUGAGAGAGCUGACUGUGUUCAUGGCGUCGAGGUGUUUAGUGAACAAGAACCAGAGCCAAACGGUGAAGGGGUACCUCGCGGCUAUCAAGUACUUCCAUAAACUGUACGCAGGCUGGGAGCUGCCCACGUCUCACUUCAGAGUGGUAGCUGUUGGGAAGGCAAUAGACAGACUGCAUGCGAGGGCAGAGACGAAACCGUUGGUAAGGCAACCGCUCACCGUGCCGAUGAUCAUUGCUGGUAGAGAAAGAGCGCAGACGAAUGCUUUCGGACUAGUGACGUGGAUGGGGAUCGCUCUCUCAUAUUUCUUGCUGUGCCGAGCGUCUGAGCUGUGGGCCUACCAGAACGGCUUAGUACACGUCGAUUUUUGUCUCACGAGAGGGAACCUCGUAUUCUUCGAAGGAGCGUGUCGGCUAGCGUGGAACGAAAGAAGGCGGGCAGACAGAGCAGAAGUGACCUUUCGCGCGUCGAAAGCGGACCAAAUGAGGCGAGGCGCGGUAGUAACGAGAGAGAGAGAGUAGUGCGGGACGAGGAAGGGGGACAGAUGGCUGAGAAGAUGGGGGCGCUAGAGAUCUUGCUGAGUCUGCUUGACGUGCACCCAGAGUUAGGAAGUAGCGCGCCGCUCAUGCAGUCGGUCAAGCAGGGACGGUGGGCAGUAGUGUCGAGGUCGGAAGCAACGACAGUGCUGAGAGACAUGGCGAGAAGAGUAGGAGAAAGACCCAUCGCACUUCGCGCUGCAUUCAGGGAGGAUAGGUGGUGCGACGCAACUAGCAAAGCAGGGCGCAUCGGUUGUUCAGAUUCAGAGGGCGGGAGGUGGAAGUCAGGAGCCUUUAUGACGUACGUGAGGGCAGGAGGCGAAGGCGCUAAGUAUGUAUCGCGUGCACUAGCGUCUAGCUGAAGGGGAGAAGUAGCGUGGACAAGAGCGCCGAGUAUCGGGCCGCGCAAUGGGAUAUGACCUGGGCAUAGACGUCGGGUUGGCCCGAUAAGUGAUACCUAGUGAGUCCGAGAAGAAAUCAAUGGUUCGGCUCAUAGGUUGGAAUUUGGUUUUGAUAUUUUUUGGUUUCGGCGUUUCUGAUUUCUUGUCGCCUUUUCUAAUAAUCCAAAUUUAUUGAGCUAAACACAAAACGAAGGAUUCGGUAUAACCGUGAAUCCGUAGUUUGUGGAAGCGUUCCGGAAAUUUCGUGAAAGAGCGGCGAGAGGCAAAAAAGGGUACACGGGGGUAUAGCUAUAUACAGGGUGCAAAGAAGAGAGAGAGAGUGGCAGAAGCUUUUGGGAUCCUUGGGAAGCCGAGGAUCUCGAAGGGAAAAGCGUUGCAUCGCCCGCGAAGGCAGUGCAGCAAAGCAGCAGCGAGAGAAUAGAGUUUUCGUUUGGGACUUGAUGGAAUUUUCCCACCCACA